UCUCCGAGUUGCAUCAUUAUUUUUUUUAGCUGUCGCUCUCGGUGACUCCUUGGAUGUGUGCCUGCAGGAUUUGGGUUGCCUGCGAGGCACUCUAAUGCCAGGAUAUCAAAAAGGAGAGUUCGAGGCCUUCAUGGGAAUUCCCUUCGCACAGCCACCAGUGGGAUCGCUUCGUCUUAAGAAUCCUGUGCCUGCUGAUCCUUGGGAAGGAGUACUGGAUGCUGGCUCCGCAAAGGACAGCUGCAUGCAGAGAAACUACUUUAUGGACGGAUGGACUAUAAUGGGAGUAGAGGAUUGUCUCUACCUGAAUGUUUAUCGACCUAAGCAAACGGAGGGAAAUCCCUUGCCAGUAAUGGUCUACAUACAUUCAGGUGGUUUCUUUAGUGGCUCUGCCCAUCCAAUGGCGAGUGGACCUGAGUAUUUCAUGGAUACCGAAGAGGUGGUUAUGGUUUCAAUGAGCUAUCGCCUUGGUCCUUUUGGUUUUCUCAGCACUGGCGACGAAAACAUGCCAGGCAAUUUUGGUCUUAAGGAUCAGCGACUGGCUCUGCAGUGGAUACAAAAACAUAUAGCCACAUUCGGAGGAGAUCCUGAGAAGGUCACGAUUUUUGGUCACAGUGCAGGGGGAAUUUCAGCCCAUCUUCACAUGCUCAGUCCUAAUUCGAAUGGACUCUACCAGAGGGCGAUGUCCUUGGAUGGUACCGCGUUUUAUCCAGGCGUGAAGAUCCUCGAGGACCCUUUGAGUCAAGCUAGAAAACUGGCAAAGGAAUUGGGUUUUGAUAAGGCGGAAAGUGCCAGUAGCCAGGAUCUUGCCGAAGCUUUCCGGGAAGUCUGUCCCAAGAAACUCCUCCUCAGUGUGGACAGCUUGAAGCUCUGGGAUAAUUUGCCUAUGAUAAACUGUCUUCCUGUGUUGGAGGCAGUUGAAUCUUCUGAGGCCUUCUUGACCGAAGAUCCUUUCAAGGCUCAUCUGGCUGGUCGAAUUAAUCAAGUGCCCUGGUUGGUUGGCGUCAAUUCAAGAGCAGGUGAAGGUGUCCUGAGCUUAUUGCACACCUUUAAGGAUCAAAAACUCAUGGAUGACUUCAAUGAACACUUUCUGGAAAACAUGGCUUUGGUGCUCGUUCUGCCCGAGGGAACUCCUCCAGAAACGGUCAGAAAUAUACUGGACGCAUAUGAGUUUCAUGGGGACGCUCUUAGAAACGAUACCAUGUUGAUUCUCUCAGAAAUUGCUGGUGACUUUGGCUUCUAUUAUUCUUUAUAUGAAGCCGUUUCAUCGUAUGCAAGCUAUGCCAACCUUGAAGAGAAUCCACUUCACAACUAUAUUUUUGAGUUUCGCGGCCAACAGUCUAUGUCACUUUAUUUCACUUCUUCCACUGAGGACUUUGGGUUAGGAUCAAUUCACAUGGAUGAUGGUAUUCACACCAUCAAGUUGCCGGUUCUGUUCAAGGAUUUCCCCAAGGAUUCGGAAGACGCAAAGGUGGUCGAAAGAAUGACUUCACUGAUGGUGGACUUUGGCAAAACGGGGAUAUUUCAUGAAGGAACUACCUGCAAAGCUUCGGACUUUGAGGACCAGAAAAUGUGCAACUAUUUACAUUUUGGAGGCAACACUGAAAAAUACCAGGAAGAAAUAAGAAGGGAUUUUAAACUUACAGCCUAUUCCAUCUGGAAAAAGUUGUUUAGCAAACUUUUCUUCACGAUUAAAGUGAACGCGAGCCCUCGAAAGCGGUCAGAUCGAUUUGGGCCUCAGUCGCGUGUGGUUCUACGAAAGAGAUUUUCCCCCUUUUCGCAACUCUGCUUUCAGUCACUUCGUGGACCGCCGGCGAUGAUUCAACUGCGGAUGCUACUGCCGCUGCUUCUUCUCGGCCAGCUUUUCGAUGGCCCUUUGCCCUGCUCGAUGGCCCUCGAGCAGCCGGUCGUGUGCCCGCCCAGCGUGGGCUGCCUGAAGGGCACUCACCGGAAGGGCUAUCAGUCGGAGAGGUUCGAGGCCUUCAUGGGGAUCCCUUAUGCCCUGCCGCCCGUCGGAGAUCUGCGCUUCAGUAACCCCAAGGUAAUACCCAAGCUGCUGGGCGUCUACGAUGCCAGUGAACCCAAGAUGGACUGCAUCCAGAAGAACUAUCUGCUGCCCGCUCCCAUCAUUUAUGGCGACGAGGAUUGUCUCUACCUAAAUGUGUACAGACCAGAGGUCAGAAAAGCACACCUACCUGUGAUGGUCUACAUCCACGGCGGAGGCUUCUUUGCUGGCUCUGCAGGACCUGGGUUAACAGGACCUGAGUACUUUAUGGACUCCGGGGAAGUAAUCCUGGUGACAAUGGCCUAUCGACUAGGACCCUUUGGAUUCCUAUCCACCCAGGAUGCUGUUAUGCCGGGAAACUUUGGACUAAAGGAUCAAAACGCAGCCCUUCGUUGGGUGCAGCGCAAUAUUCGCUCUUUCGGUGGAGAUCCCCAACGGGUAACCAUUUUUGGCCAGAGUGCCGGCGGAGUGGCAGCCCAUAUGCACUUGUUGAGUCCCAGGUCACAAGGACUCUUCCAUCGCGUGAUCAGCAUGAGUGGAACCGCCAAUGUACCCUUUGCCAUUGCGGAACAGCCUUUGAGGCAGGCUCGUCUCCUGGCGGAAUUCGCCCAGAUUCCAGAGGCCCAGAACCUGAGUACUUCGAAGUUAACCAAAGCUCUCCGAAAGGUAGAUGCCACCGAGUUACUGAAUGCCGGAGAUGGUCUAAAGUUCUGGGAUGUGGAUCACAUGACCAACUUCCGACCAGUGGUUGAAAGGGGAUUGGGAUUGGAGGCCUUCCUCUCUAAACAUCCCAAGGACAUCCUGGCUGAGGGACAACAGACUUCCGUUCCUCUUCUUUUGGGAACAGUUCCAGGUGAAGGAGCUGUGCGGGUGGUGAACAUCCUGGGCAACGAAACCCUUCGCAAGAGCUUCAACUCGCGAUUUGAUGAGCUGCUACAGGAACUCAUGGAGUUUCCACCUGAUUUCUGUAGGGAGAGAUCGAACCAGGCCACCGAACUUCUGGUGGAAGAGUAUUUCCGAGGACGGCAUGAAGUCAACGAGGAAACUGUUCAAGGAUUUAUGGACUUAAUUACGGAUAGGGGUUUCAAGCAUCCUCUGUACAACACAAUCCUUAAAAAUGUUAACAAAACGGCGAAUCCUGUUUACCUGUACAGCUUUAACUAUAAAGGACCUCUGAGCUAUGCCUCUGCUUACACAUCAGCCAAUGUUACUGGAAAGUACGGGGUUGUCCACUGUGAUGAUCUUCUAUAUCUCUUCCGAAGUCCUUUGAUUUUCCCCGACUUUGAACGUAACUCCACAGAGGCAAAAGUAAUAAGCUCAUUUGUGGAUUACUUCGUGCACUUUGCCAAGUUCGGAAAACCAAGGAAUGCCGAGUCAAUGAACCCCUGCUCCAUGGAGGUGCUCCAGUCACGUUCCAACGGCGUUUGCGAUUACCAGGAAUUCGACAAUGCGCCAGACUCCCCGAAAGGCUUUCAAGUUAACGUGGCCAGCGAAUUCCAAACGGACAGGGUGAAACUCUGGUCCCUUAUACUCAAUGGAAACCCGGACGAGUCUUGAGCUCGGAUUCAUUCAUCAAAACAUGUAUAUACAAAUGUUCGGUGCUGAAGAUAUGUAGAACAUAAGAAGAAACCAUAGAUAAUGCUGUAAGAAAAUAAUCUAAGCACAAAUAAGUUCUCUUUGUUGUCAUAUUUUUGUAAUGUUUUUACGUUAUAUAAAAACUAUAAAUGUCUAUUGAACUACAAA